AUGUCCAUCUUUAUUGUCUCAGAUAUGAGUGACAUAUACGAGAAGCUAUUUGAUGAGGUUGGCAAAAAUUAUUUGAAGGAUGUCAGACACGCCAUUUCCAUUGGGCCUGGCAUUGGAGAGGCGGACAUUCUCUUUCUAAACAAAACAACACCAAAUCUGACCAAGUUGACUGCAGUGGACAAAGACUCAAGUUGCAUUGAAGAAUUUAGAAAAAAUUUGAAGGAGCUCUUCUCAGAUGAUGUGGCCGUUCAUUUUCACUUGUCACCGGCCCAAAUUUGGCAGGGUCCCCAAGAGAGAGCUGACCUAGUGCUCAUCUUCCACACAUCUACAACCUACUGUCUGAACGACAUCUUGAGAGAGCUAGGGAGGAAACUCCACGUCGAGUCCUACACAGUUAAACUAGAACUCAUCCAUCUUGGCUACAGCAUAGAUCGGGUGCACAAUUUCGAAUACAACCAAGACUUGCAAGCACUGCAUGACUACGUUGUCUCCUUCAUAAUGAUACAUGCCAACCCACCAAUCGACGACGAAGAACUGGUGAAGAAAGCCAUCAAGAAAUUAAUUGACGCUGGUAACAAAGGAUACGCCAGUGGGAAUUUAUUCAGCGUUAUUAAAAAAUCGUAA